AUGCACAAAUCAGGCGUGUGCGGCGGCCAUCAUGUGAGCAAUGCACUGACCACCAAUGCUUCCCCAGCUGCAGUCGUUCACGCCACAGCUGCACCAAGCCUCGCUCAUGAAAGUGUCACCACCAGAUACCUCUCCUCCAAACACUCCCUGAUACCUGCCAUUACCUGCGUGACACUUGUGGCUUAUCGCAGAGGUAAUCAUGCGCCGUUCAAGGUAACCAGUAGAAAAACCAAGCACAGGAUAAUCGCCGACUCCGAUGCACGCCGAACAAAGCGACUACAGCAAACUUCCCCCAAGUGUCAAAGUGGCAUGCAGGCCAAGCAGCCCAGCUACAGCAGCCCAAGCCGCAAGGAGCUCAGCAGCAAGCUUCUUCCUUCGCAAACUCAACAACUACAGAAACAUCUCAAUAAGAAGUCUUGUUCUGUUGGUUACGUCUGUGUUACACUUGACCUUUGCACAAACAGACAGAUGCGGUCGUGCACUGGGAUCACGUGUCACUUCAAUGAUAACUUCCAGCUCCAAUCAACACUGUUGGCAUGCACAAGAUUCAAAGGGUCCCACACUGCACAAAAGAUCCAUGCCACAUUCACAGAAAUCAUCACUAGCUUUAACCUACAAACAAAGAUUUUGACAAUUGUAACCGACAGUGGCACCACUGUCCUUAAAGCACUCGUGACACUUCCCAGUGUGGACGAUGCGGACACUAAUCAAGACAGUGAAGGCGAAGAGGAGGAUGACACCUUUCACAUUCCUGAUAACAAUGACAACUUGCUGCAGCUAUUGCCUGGCCAUGUCAGAUGUUUUGUUCACACUUUACAAACUACUGUGAAAGAUGGGCUUCAAGAAGCAGGUCCUGUCUCAGGAGUCACUGGAAAAGCCUCACGUCUAGCGUCACACGUUCGUCACUCUGCACUGCCAUCUGACAUUGUCCAACUUCAUCAGCUAAACUGUCCAGUAAAGAUAACCAAAUAUGAACUUAAUCUCAUCAAGCAAGUAACACACAUCUUGACAGCAUCUGAAGUAGCAACUCUAGAGUGUCAGGGAGAGAAUGUUGUAACGUCAAGCAAAGCAAUUCCAUGCAUUCGUGGACUGAAAGCUGAGCUUCAACAACCGUCACAGACACACAAGUCAAAGGUGAUUACUACUCUCAAAAGCUCCAUCAAGAAAACAGUGAAGAUCUAUGAAGACAAGGCGAUGUUUCAGCUGGCUUCACUCCUAGACCCACGCUUCAACAUGGACUGGUGCCCACCACAACAAGUCAUGUUCAUCACAUCCCUACUGAAGUCUAAAGUACAUGAAAUUAUGUCCACUGCUACUGAAGAAAAGGGUUCCCUUCAGGAAAAUAAGGAGGCCCCUACAAAGAAGUGCAGGCUGUUCAGAUUCAUGACACCAUCAGCAUCAACGAGCUCUUCCCUCUGUACAUUAACAUCAACUUUAUCACAAGUACAAUCCUACCUGAGUCAGCCAACAACAGAGGAUGACAGUGACCCCCUUCUCUUCUGGGAACAGAAUCAGUCACCAUUACCUCAACUAGCUAUACUGGCUCUCCGAUAUCUGUGUAUCCCACCAUCAUCAGCUCCAGUUGAGACACUUUUCUCUCUUGCUGGGAAAGUCUUUCGUCCUGAACGAUGCACAAUGACCGAUGUUCGCUUUGAGGAGUUGAUGUUUAUCAAGUGUAACCAACACUUACUAAAUUACACAUUACAUGACAAAUAA